AUGGGUUUCUGGAGCUCAAGAAAAGACAAAAAUCCGGCUCCAUCGGUUCCAAUAAGGAAGAAACGCAAGGGCUCGAACAAACCAGUACAGCAGGCAGCCAGAUCCAAGGAGAACACCAAGCACGCAACGGCGGCUACCAGUGGUCGUGAGCAAAGAGGCGAUCGUAGUACUAAUGGUACAGAUGCCAGUCGUCACAGCUUUUAUGAAAAUAACAGCACUGAUAAUAAACGCGAGAGCUAUCAUGCCGGAAGCGAUACUAGUGAGCACCCCGAUAAUGAGGUGCGGAUCAUUCACGAAGUUAGAACCCAUGAGCUAGGAAAGCAGGAGAGGGAGAAAGAGGAGAAGAGGAAGCAGAUGGGGUACGGGAGCGAGAGUUCUAGAUAUUGGGAUGAGUAA